UAAAAACAAAAAUGGCGUUUGCUCCAAAGAUCAUCACAUGCCUCAUUGUCCUUACUGUCUACAUGAUACCCCCAACGGAGUCAACCAUCCAGUGUGGGACAGUGACGAGCACACUUGCACAGUGCGUGAACUAUUUGGUCAACAGUGGUCCGUUGCCAUCCGCAUGCUGCGUGGGAGUCAAGACAUUGUAUCAAAUGGCGCAGACCACACCAGAUCGCAAACAAGUUUGUGAGUGCCUUAAAGUAGCGGGUAAGGAAAUCAAAGGCCUCAAUACCGACCUUGUGGCCUCACUUCCUACCACUUGUGGUGUUUCAGUUCCCUACCCCAUCAGUUUCAGCACCAAUUGUGACAAUAUAUCGACUGCCGUGUAAAAGAGGCUAGCAUUCAGAUGUACGAGUACGACUAAUCAAAGUUGCCAGCUUUUUUACCUAAAUAAUAAUGUAUUAAUAUGCUGUUAUCUCCCAUUUUAGAACUUUGUUUAUUUAUCUAAUAUCUAUAAUCUAUGAUCUAUAUGUAAUGUAACCAUUUCUUAUAUUAAUAACGACAACGGCGCUCUCUCUCUCGAAAAUAGUCUGCCUACUCGAACAUAAUUACUGCUAGCUGGUUAAUGAUACCUCAAUAGCUUUGUUAGUGAUGGAAAUCACAGUGUAGAAGAUCUAAACAAGAUGUGGAAGUUUUAAGACCAAAAGCAUGUUUGAAACUGAAAUGCUUAAUUAAGGUUAUCAAUGUAGCUACUAGCUAGGCUAUCUAUAUUCUUGCUUACCGACAGCGAGGAUCUUUACGUAUGAAA